GGAGGGGGCUUGAACAGCAGCGGAGAGGACCAAUCAAAUCCUGACCACAACACCGGCACCGCCCACAUGCGAACCCCCCCCGCGUCCGUCCGUCCUGCUGCUGUGGACUAGACCGAAAAUUCUUCAUUUCCCCGGCACUAGACAGCGAAGGAUCGCGGCGACGGAGCCAAAAGAAGCGGUGUUACGGUGUAUUGUGUCCACUCAUGACGCGUUCCAAGGACACGUAAGAUGGGGAUCCAACACAAUUUGGACUUCAUGUGAUUCCACGUAAGACUGGACAAUCUUCUGGAACCAUCUAUGAGGUCUAUCUGCAGGUUCAUGUUGGGUCGUGGCGUGAAGCGGAAGUGGAGCUGCGUGGAGGAGCUGACGUCCAAGGUGAACGCGGGCGCAGAUGAGAAGGAGCACCACAGCGUCGAGGUGGCAGUGGGCAGUCCUCGGGACAUGAGCCGCCUGCAGCAACGUCAACGGGUGCUGGGCCUCUGUUUGGAGAAGUUGCAGCGCUACCAGGCCGGGAUGGAGCUCAGCCUACGCCGCUCAGUGCUGCUCGUCAACACGCUGCGGCAGAUCCAGGAUGACAUGCAGAGCGACGUGGUGGAAAGGCCGGAAGGGCUCCUCAACACCGUUCAUCCCGACUCGCCUCUUCUACGGGACGCCCUCAGGGAGGACAUGUCCUUGACAUGCCCUGGGUGUGCAGAGGGUGGCGAGGAAAGCCCGUCCUCUGUGCUGUCCCAUGACUUCUCCUCCCAGGAGAUGAACAUGGGGGUGGAGCUAAAACCCCCAAUCAGCGCAUUUAGCGAUGUGGUGAACGCCAUGGGCUACCUCAGUGACCUCGCUCUGGACGACAUCUUUGAGGACAUCGACACGUCCAUGUAUGAGACGUCGGACCUGUCUGCAGCCUGGACGGCGGGCUCGCUGUGGCCCGUCAGCUUGUCUGUCUGGGGGGACGAGGACGUGAAAAUGCGGUCAGGAGGCCACGCGUCCGGGACUCUCCAGUCGUGUCUGAUGGACCUGAACGAGCUGGACCAUAUCAUGGAGAUUCUGGUAAAGUCCUGAUCCACAAGAAGACUCCUCUAAGGACAUACUGCAGAUGGACAUACGACUCUAACGUGACCAGGGAUUUGUCCAUCUGCCAUUUGGUUUUCAUUGUCUGCACGUGUCCGAAACACUGUUGGUUAUUGCAGAUCCACAAUCAAAAGCCACUUUUUAGCGGUGGCAGGAACAGGAAACGGCAUAAUGCAGAAAGAACCUGAUCCAUCAAUUCUCGUGAAGUAGUUUGUGUCACUGAAUGUCACAAUGUGACAUUUUCCCUUUCCCCAGGUGUGGUAGGCGGAGCUUGGAAGGAAACCCGAGCUGUCAGGGUUAGUGCGUCACUGCGCCUGCUGGGUUGAUUAUUAAUUGAGAUGCUUUCAGUUACUUUAGAAGGAGUGCUGGUGCCAGCUAGCCAAGCAGGAGGCCAGUGGCUUUGUUGGCACCCCAUAUUUAAAAUAUUUAUGCAUCCCAACCAUCAAACCACUCUGAUAAUUCCUUUAUCUAAUAUGAUUUAAUAUGAUAUUAUUUAGGACCACAAACUCCUUCUUUGCAGCUCUUUUGAGUGUCAUUAAUAAUUCAGAUCAUUAUGAGGUGAGACUGUGAGCUGAUUGGACAAUCACUUUCCCACGUGACCGGCGUGGUAAAUCCGACAUGCCAUGAACGCAGCAGGAAGUGUGUCUCUCAUUAGAAAAGUGAGCACCAAACCAGGGCUCCUCGGCUGCUCGUCUCCCAAUUCUAAAAGAUAACUAAAGUAUUUUUAUGAGUCUUCUUUUGAGCAGUUUUAUACAUGACGUGUCUGGUCUCAAAGUGAAAUGUUUAGGGCAGGGGUGUCCAAAGUGUGGAUAUUUGCAGCUCGUUUUUAUUGGCCCUUUCAGCAUAUUGUAAAAAAAAAAAAGAAAAAUUAAUUAUUAAUGAGAUACACAGUAUUAUCUGAUAUGACACUAAUUUGCUCUGUCAGAUUUUCCAGAUAGCUCGGCAUCUUUCCAUUUUUCUAUAUGCCGCCCUCGCUGCAAAAAGUUUGGACGCCCUUGGUUUACGGUGUGUGGUUUACUCCUCUUCUACCUCCUGGUGUUGACACUUGUUAACUAGUCAGUAUUUCUCAUACUUUCCCUACAAGGCCAAAUCUUCCUGCUAUCAUGUGGACAAUGUGCCUUACUUGUGAGUCUGAGGCUGCUUAAGCGCCACCAUCACAUCUCGCCGCCCAUCCUCUGCCCCUCCCGAUCUUCUUCUUCUGUGCUCUUCGAGCGGCACAGGCACAUGAGCUUCAUGUUUCCUGACAGGCUGACAAGCAGCUCGCAGAGGGGG